CGACAUCUCACGCCCUCGACCAGCGACGCCUCAACACCCACGUCGCAAUCAUGGCUGUCGGCAAGAACAAGCGCCUUUCCAAGGGAAAAAAGGGUCUUAAGAAGAAGACCGACACCUUCGCGAAGAAAGACUGGUACAACGUCAAGGCCCCAGGAACUUUCCAGAUCCGCGAUGUCGGCAAAACCCUCGUCAACCGAACCACGGGUCUGAAAAACGCAAAUGAUGCCCUCAAGGGCCGGAUAUUCGAAGUCUCGCUCGCCGAUCUCCAGAAAGACGAAGACCAUGCCUUCCGCAAAGUCAAGCUGCGAGUCGACGAGGUCCAGGGCAAGAACUGCCUGACCAACUUCCACGGCCUCGACUUCACCUCCGACAAGCUCCGCUCGCUCGUCCGCAAAUGGCAAACCCUCAUCGAGGCCAACGUUGUUGUCAAGACUACCGAUGACUACCUCCUCCGCCUCUUCGCCAUCGCUUUCACCAAGCGGAGGCCGAACCAGAUCAAGAAGACGACGUACGCUGCUUCGUCCCAGAUUAGGUCGAUCCGGAAGAAGAUGACGGAGAUCAUGACACGGGAGGCUAGCUCGUGCACAUUGGCACAGUUAACACAGAAGCUCAUUCCAGAAGUCAUUGGUCGUGAAAUCGAGAAGGCUGCUCAGGGCAUCUACCCCCUUCAGAACGUCCACGUGCGAAAGGUCAAGCUCCUCAAGGCACCAAAGUUUGACUUGGGUGCUCUUCUUGGUCUCCAUGGCGAGUCAAGCGCUGAUGACCAGGGACAGAAGAUCGAACGGGAGUUCAAGGAGCAGGUCCUCGAGAACGUUUAGACGGACACGGUUGAAUUGGCUGGGGUUCUGGUUCUUUUCGACUUUCUUCGACAUGAUAUGGGCAUCCAAAAGGUGUUAUGUUUACAAAUGAAUGGAUAAGCAUAGCCCUUAAUGCGUCUUGAUGGCUGUGACGAUGCAUAUAGGUUCAAACGUCCACGUCUAGGUAUUCAUGUCGUGGUGCGGAAAAGUGCAAACAUUGGAAUGAAUUGACAACCACUUGGGCUUAAUCGCCACGUUUCCCCAGAUACUCUGUUCUCAACACUCUGAAGCGCGAGCUAGGGUCUACUAGUAUGCACACUGCAUCGCCCAUGGUUAGAUUAAGCAGCAUUCUGGUAUCAUAGCAC